AAUGGGAAUAGAAUCACGAUCUAUUUUUGGAUGUAUUUGGCGCACCGCGUUCCCAUCAGAAUUGAUCAAGGUUGUUUCUGUGGACACUUCGCUAAACUGUCCACAUGAGGUCGCACUUGCAGCAGCGCAGAUUCAAUAACAGGGGCAGACAAGAGGGGAUUAACAAGGAGGCCAUGUUGAACUUUUCAAGGGGAUAUGCGUGUACGCACAACCAUUCGAUUAGCGAUGACAUAAAAUAAAUAAUAACGUACAUUAAAAAAAAAUCGCCUUUCCGUCUGAUAUAAUGAUCAUCAUUAAGGCAGCCGACUGGGAAGGACGCAAGCGUCUCGGUGAAGGCCAUCAUCGUCUCCGUCGACCGAAUUGCAGCAUUAAUAUUGCACGAGAGACAGUGGGGCCAUAAGUAGAGGAAGUCACGUGGUCGCCGGCGCGCACUUCCUCUAAAAUGCAACACGAUCAAAUGAAGGAGAAAGAGAAGGGAGAUGUGCACCUUACACGCCGCGUGAAAUAACCAACAACCUGGGAGGCGGUGGAUAUUGGAAUCGUCAGCGUCCGUGCGUAAUUACGCGCCCUUUUAAAAGUCCUCAGGAGUGAGGUGAGCCAAUGCGCAUCAGCUUGCGCAUCUUUGAAUCUUCCCAACGACGCUGUGGACAAUCUCUCUGACACCCCCUCCCGCACUCCCUCCAUCCUCCUCUGCAAUCCGACGAGGCUUUUCCGCCGCCGAUGGCCGCACAUCGGCAUCCCUGAGAGCCGUCGGCCGCUCCCGCACCAUCCAUCGCGCUCCCUUUUUUUCUUUCCCUCCCUCCAAUAGAACCACGCAUCGGCUUUUGUUUUUCCGCCCUGUCCAACGCCAAAUCGAGGAAUCUGCUGCCAUGCUGCGCUCGUCUCUUCACCUCCACCAUCAUCAUUAUUAUCAUUAGUCGAGCUUGUGAUCGACACAAGAUCAUUCAUUUCCCACUCCCCCACCCUUCCAUCACCCACCCUUUGCAUUUUUUUUUUGGAGCGAGACCACGACGGGAUGCGUCCUGGUGCAGUGAUGCUGCUCCUGGUCCUUCUGGGCAACUUGAUGCCGCCCUUCGUCACGGCUCAAAACGCUGGGUUUGUGAAGUCGCCGAUGUCCGAGACGAAGCUCACCGGGGACACAUUUGAGCUCUACUGCGACGUACGCGGUAACCCCACCCCAGAGAUCCAGUGGUGGUAUUCCGAAAUCAACCGAGCAGACUCGUUCAAGCAACUGUGGGACGGAGCCCGCAAGCGCAGAGUGUCCAUCAACACGGCCUACGGCGCCAACGGUGUUAGCGUUCUGGGCAUCACGCGCCUCACGCUGGAAGACUCUGGGACCUACGAGUGCCGAGCGAGCAAUGACCCCAGGCGAAACGACCUGCGGCAAAACCCCGCCAUCACCUGGAUUCGGGCCCAGGCCACCAUUUCGGUGCUACAGAAACCAAAGAUCAAUGCCUCUGAUCAGAUCAUCCUGCCGGCGGACUCCCCUGGCGUCCCAGUUACUCUACAUUGCAACCUCACCACCGCCCACACCGCCAACACCGUACACACGGAGAGCUUCUGGGUGAAGAACGGAAGGGAGAUCGCCAACACGCGGACUGAGCAUCGGACCACAGCGUACAGAAUUGGUAAACCACGGGCAGAUGAUUCUGGGGAAUACAUGUGUGUCUACACAUUCGAAAUGGCUCCGAAUGCAAAUGCAACAAUUGAAGUCAAAGCGAAACCUGUUAUCACCGGCCAUAAACGAAGUGAAAAUAAAAACGAGGGGGAAAACGCCAUGCUUUACUGCAAGUCGGUCGGUUAUCCGCAUCCCACCUGGACGUGGCGUAAAAUGGAAGGGACCUCCUCCACUGACAUUGACAACUCCACCGGACGCUUCUUCAUCACAAGCCGGGACAACUACACGGAGCUGAACAUCAUAAACCUCGAUAUCGACACAGAUCCCGGGAAGUACGAGUGCAAUGCAUCCAAUGCCAUAGGGACAACUGCCGAAAUCACCAUUCUACGGGUGCGAAGCCAUCUUGCGCCACUUUGGCCGUUCCUGGGUGUGCUCGCGGAAAUUAUCAUCCUCGUCGUCAUCAUCGUCGUGUAUGAGAAACGCAAGAGGCCGGAUGACAUUAUCGAUGAUGAUGAGCCAGUUGGACCAAUGAAAACCAAUCCUACGAACAACCACAAAGACAAAAACGUCCGUCACAGAACCACAAAAUAAGCAAUCGACUCAUAUGAGAUGGUGAAACUGCAGUUUUUUUGGCUACAUGGCAGCAGCUCAGUUGCAGCCUAUCUUGAGAGAGAGAGAGG